AUGUCAUGUUUCAUAUAAUGAACAACAACAACAACAAAACAUUAUGGAGCAAUUUUUUGGGUCCCCUCAAGGAAAACAGCUUACAAAUCAUACUUAAUUAUGUGUGUGUCAUUUACUAUGCUUUUCUGUGACAGAUCUGAUCUAUUAUUUUCACUAAUAUGUCAGGUAUGCAAUUUUCACUAAUAUGUCAAGUAUGCAAAUAGCUGUGACUAGAAUACAAAUAGACAGAUAUAUUCUUUAAUUUCCAAACGGGUGGAAACAAAGUCCCCCAUAUCUUCAAAGAUAUCAUACAUGCUCAGUUUCUGACAGUUGAUGCACUGCUGAGGCACAGGAAGUUGUGCAUUUCCUUCAAGACCACAAAGAUAGCAACUCGCUCUCAAACUAAUUUGCAUUAUUGAAAGAAAUCGGCCAAGCAUUAUAAUAUUUAAAAUGAUAACUGACUAAUUUUAGCAACCUGCCUGUAAGUUUACGCCUUCAGCUUGUAUUAAUAGAAAACAUAAAAAGUGUUUUUCCCAGCUGCGAGCAGUGUUAAGUUUGGUCACAGUUCAGCAGUGUGAAACUCUUCCUCUGCACUGACAACAUUAGCUCUGUAGGGGUCAGUAUGACAACGCUUCGAGUAGGUAAACACCUACAAUACAUUGAUUUUGGGGGAAAAUAAAGACUCAAAGUGAAUGUGUACUGUAAUACCACCCCAACGGUGUAGCACCAACUAUAAGCAGGAAGUUAGUUAGAGUUAGUAAGGUACACUUUUCUAAAGGCUGUCUAAGACAACUAGCAUUUGAAAACUUUGAUGUUAGACACAUUUACUUAUGGUGGAUUUCAGCAGGGAUGAAAAAUUAUCAAUGCUUCAUCUUCUCUACUCUCUUGCAACUGACUUUGGGUGCACAGAUAUCUAUAUGGGAGGGAUGGACUGUAUUGUUUCCUCUCCCCGAACUUCCACCGGAGACUUCCAUUGAUUCAGUCGAAUGGAAAUACCACACAAUCCACAAAACAAUCUUACUGGGCACGAUCAAUCUAAUGAAGAAACAGCAAUCAAGAAAUUUCAGCAAGAGGACUGGAAUGAAAAUAAUGGAGAACGGCACACUUUAUAUUGAAGAUGUAAAAGAUGAAGACUCUGGGAACUACUCUUGCACCAUCAUCCUCCAUGAUCGAAAGAUGUGGAUAGAGCAGAUUUAUCUUGAAGUACUUCAUGCUAAAGAAGUGACGACUGAACCGAACAGCAAAAUGUACACAACAUUUAAACCAUCAGUGCCCAGUAUUACUGUAACAGCAUUGAUCGCAAUAUCAGUGUGCUCAGCGCUCGCAAUCCUCACAACUGUAGCCACUAUUUUCAUCUUCAAAUGUGCAAAAAAAUGUUGCCACACAUCAGACGAACCCAUCUACGCCAAUAAAAUGGUCAUAAUUGAAGAAAAUAAGAGGUCACAGGUGGACAGAAGGACUGCAGAUAAUACAACCAGAUUAAAGAGAUAAAGAACCCAGCAAACAAAAUACCUUGGUUUUUCUCAGAAACAAAUGUAUAGGGUGCUAAAGUGGCGACGACAUGGUUUUGUAGGUCAGCCUGGAGGUUCGCAUCACCCUGUAGGAUUUAUUCAGUGGCUUUUGGAUAAUUGCAGAAAAUAAGAUCUGUGAUUCUUG